GGCCGGGGCGGGCGUGGCCGUGGACGGCGGGGCCGACACCCCGGCGCUCAGUCCGCCCCGCCACCGCCUCCGCUCCCGGACGCUCCGCUGCCCCGCGCGCCGACUCGGCAAAAAUGUCCAAGCCUACAGAGACCGAGCGCUGCAUUGAGUCCCUGAUAGCUGUUUUCCAGAAGUACGCGGGAAAGGAUGGGAACAACAGCAAACUCUCCAAGACGGAGUUCCUAACGUUCAUGAAUGUAGAACUGGCUGCCUUCACCAAGAACCAGAAGGACCCUGGUGUCCUCGACCGCAUGAUGAAGAAGCUGGACCUCAACAGUGAUGGGCAGCUGGAUUUCCAGGAGUUUCUUAACCUUAUCGGUGGCUUAGCCCUAGCUUGCCAUGACUCCUUCCUGGCGGCCCAGAAGCCCUCUUUCUGAGGCCCCUGGGCCUGGCCCCACAUCUUCCCCACCAGGUGUGUGGUUGUCACCUGCUCCUCCUGGCCCACCCGCCACCCCAUCAGCCCACUUCUGCUGGAAGUAAUAAAACCAAAUCGUUUUUUAAAAACAUA